UUACGCACACACAUAUGUAUCCAUCUGUUUCCAUAAAUUAAAAUUUAGAUCCGUGAUCUUCGGUUUCUUAACAUAUUAAUUAAUCUUUCUCCUUUUCUGAUCAUACUCAAGUCAGCUUGGAUAUUAUAAUUAAUAUUUAGCUAUUUUUCUUUACCUUAAAAACUUGAAAUUCACCGGUUCUUCUAUAAUCAUGAUUUAUAUCUUGCUAAAAUCCCUUCCGUUUCUCUCUCUCAAAUCUUUGGAUCAUUACUACACGGACAUACGGAAUACUGUUUAUCUAUAUAUCUAUGAUUAGUAUAUAUAUGUUUUAUGCGUUUCCUAUGUCUAGCCUUUUCUUUUAUUUCACAAGGUCUUGAAAAAUGAAAACCCAAGUGAAUUCCAUGAAUGGAGGUUAUAAUCAUUGGCAUACUUCCUUCAAUUUAUGCUACUCUUCUUCUGUUCCAUAUGUAUACAUACAUAUAUAUGUAUAUACAUAUGCAGCACAGCAAAACCUCAGUUAUAUUAGAUGCAUCCAAGUACAUAGGAGAGCUGAAGCAGAAGGUUUCAAAAAUGAAUCAAGACGUGGCAGACAUGACUGCAGCGCAAAACCCCACCUCCGAAAAUCAUGAUCCCCCGAUGGUGGGAGUGGAAGCCUUAGAUAAGGGUUUUGUUAUUAAGGUGUUCACUGAGAGAAGCUGCCGCGGUUUACUUGUAUUUGUAUUGGAGGCCUUUGAAGAGCUUGGCCUUGAUGUCCUCCAAGCUAGGGUUUCCUGUUCGAACUGCUUUCUUUUAGAAGCUGUUGCGGAUAGUAGAAGAGAUGAAAUAAUAGAUGCACAAGUCGUUGAACAAGCAGUGGAGCAAGCAAUCGAGAAUUGGAUUGAAGUCGGACGUGAUGAUGAUGAUCAGGACCAAGAUUAAUAAAUUAAACAAGUCUUCUUCCUCUUCUCUCUUAAAUCCCUUUUUGUUAAUUACUAUCUUAAUUUAAUUAAUUAUGCGUCUAAGUUUCCUCUUAAUUGUUUAUUCAAUUUCUUAAUAUUUCUUAUCUAAGAUUUUUUGGAUUUCA